CUGACAUUUGUUGAAAUAGCGGCUCGAUUUGAUGUUUUACUGCUUUCCAUACGUGUAGCCGACUUGCUAUCCGUCGCAAAAACAUUCAAUCCAAUGGAUGAGGAGUCGCCAACCGACGUCGAGAGUCUGAGCAACUGCGAUGCUGAUCUACUGGCCAAACUAGAAGAACAAAAUCGAGUGCUGGAAAGUGACGCGAAAGGGCUAACGCGGGUACCUGCAAGGCCGUCGUCGUUAGCGAAGAAAGAGGAUAGCAAGCCGCAUAAGAGCGGAUUGAACUUAGCUAUAGAGCAAGUUGUCAAGAAACUGACGUCCUUGUCCGGCAGCCCUAAACGUGGAAGUAACCAGGAUGUUCCAAAUAUGCCCACCACAGAGGAAGACAUCUAUUUGGCAUGGGGUGCAAUUAUUGCCAAUUGGGAGGAAACGUUCCAUAAGAGACCAAAAUACAUCAAACAGUUGGUCAGAGAUGGUAUUCCUGAUGCAGUACGAGCGUUAGCGUGGCAACUCUUGUCGAAUGCAUUUGACUCUCCUAUGAAGGACACAUACGUUGAAUUAAUGGAGCUGCCAUCGCCGUCUGAAAAACAGAUUCAGAGAGACAUAGCACGGACGUUUCCUCAACACAGCUUCUUUAAGGAUCACGAUGGUGUGGGACAGGAGUCGCUGUUUCAUGUCGUAAAGGCAUACUCUUUGCAUGACAAAGAAGUCGGCUACUGUCAAGGCAGCUCGUUUAUUGUUGGUAUUUUGCUUAUGCAGAUGCCAGAAGAAGAGGCGUUUGCCGUCUUUGUUAAAAUAAUGCAAGACUAUGGAAUGAGGCGGCUAUUUACUCCCACUAUGUCAAGCCUGAAUUUAUGCUUUUAUCUUCUAGAAGCACUCAUACAGGAGUCACUUCCGGAUCUAUAUACACACUUUCAGGCUCAAGGAUUUUUUACUUCCAUGUGGUCAUCGUCUUGGUUUCUUACUAUGUUUGCAACUACACUGCCACUUUGCAUCGUGUUUAGAAUAAUGGAUUUGUUUCUACUCGAGGGAAUGGAGAUUUUGUUUAGAGUUGGUGUGGCUUUGUUGGAGUGGAGUAGAGAGCAGCUGUUGCAGAUGGAUAUGGAGGCAAUGCUACGGCAUUUUCAGAAAGAUAUGUGUACGAUUCACGAGAGAGACCCGGAGGCGCUGAUAGCUGCUGCAUACCAAGUCAAAUACAAUACAAAGAAGAUGAAACGACUUGAGAAAGAGUAUGAGGUGAUGCGAGAGAGAGCUUCACAGGAGCACGAAGAGAACAGAAGACUGAGAACAGAGAACAAGAUGCUACAGGACAGAGUGAAUCACCUUGAACUUGAAAGCACAUCAUUAGCCGGGCGACUAAUCGAGGGUCAAGUGAACUCAGCACAAGAAGCCGAGGACUUAUUUGCAAUGCGACGUGAACUAGCUGGUCUUCGGAAACAUGAUGCCGAAGUGGCCGAGAAGCUCCGGGAGGCAGAACUCAGAGUGUCAGAGCUGGAACAAAUUAAUGACGUCGUUGAGGCCAUGAGAAGAGACACAACGCCAUCUGAUGUUUUAGAGAAUGGCACUGCUGUCAAGCAGCAGAAUGUCACGUUAUGUGAGUCUAGUGAAACCGUCAGACUUAGAGCAGAACUGACACUAUUCCAGAAGAAAGAUCAGGAGUCGACGAAUACGAUUAAUAUGCUGCAAAGAGAAGUCGAACACCUCAGAAAACAGCUUGCUAAAGCAAGACUAACGAUGUCGAGCUCUUCUACUGAUGGUGACGGGAGCGGUUCAGUGUCGUCACGAACUACCAGUCCUUCGAGGCAGUCACCAACAAAGAGUAUCAAAAAGGAAUGGGUGUGACGAAGAAAUUGUGUUUCACGUAAUGGUUGCCUGAAAUUCUCUCUACGUUAUGGUUAAUUAUUCAGUAAGCAGGGCAGCUGUGGUGUCUUACACACGUUGUACAUACAGGUGGACGUACAGCUAACUUUCUGUAUUCUACAAAUUGAUAGAAAAGUCUAUAUUAGAUGAUGACUUCAGUCGUCCUUGUGUCAGUUGUGUUGACAAUUAGGUGGUAGUCAAUGGGUGGGCUUGUUUGUCGUGUCUUGCAAACGAUUGCCAAACGUUGGCACAAGGUCGAUAUUCUGAAAGAUACCCAGAUACAUGUGUGAGAGUUGA